AUGGAAACACGAUCCUCCCGCGCCCGUCUCCGCCGCACAUUCCGCUACCCCGAAGACUCAGACACCCCCGAAAUCCUCGACGAACAAGAACAAGAAACCCUCAUCGCAAACCUCGCCGCCCAAAACGCCCAAACAAACACCUCCUUCACAACCACCCUCCUCUUCCUCCCCCUCCUCUCCACAAUCCCCUACAUCCCCCUCCUCCUCCGCCCGCCACCAACCCCCAUCAUCGCCAUCCUCGCCCUCACGUCCCUCCUCUCAACCACCUACAUCCUCUACAAGCUUCCCCCUGCCGAGACCGGCAUCGGGCCCCUCGACGCCUGGAUCCGCCGCGACGACAUCCCCCCCGCGGCCGAGACCGUGCGCCGUCUGAGGAGGGGUCUAGGCGCGGAGAAGGCCCCGCUGGAGAUGUAUCUCCCGUACCUGAACUGUCUGCUCGUGAUGGUGUUGGCGGUGAUGGGGCUGGUUGUGGAGGGGGAGGAGGGGAGUUUUGCGUGGAUCGGGGUCGGGAACUUGCCGGGGAUUGUGUAUGGUGUUGUUUUGGCGGCGAAGGUUGUUAUGGGGGGUGUUGAUCCGGAGAGGGAGUUGGGGGGGUUGAAGUAUGGGUAUAAGGGGGCUUGA